AUGUGUGAGUGUAUUCCAUCGCUGAGUAUGCCAAUCGCGGGCUAUUGGGCUCUUCGCGGUGGUUUUACACCGCGAGCAAAUCCCAGAUAUCCAAAUGCUCACUUCCCACAGCGGGACAUGUUUCGGCAGCCACGUAGCGAAUUUUUUGUCAGUUUUUAUCAUCGUUCACAAGAAAGCGCCAAGAUGUUUGAUGCCAUGAAACGACGGGUAGAACUUGCUUAUGAACAGCGUCGUAAGUCAGAAGCAAAUCGGUUGCAAAAAGCUACAAAUGGAAACAUGAUGCAAUACUUGGAACGGAUUCCAUUAUCGAAAAAUGUUACGUUGACAAUCGAGAUACCAAAUGCCGAACAUGCCGGCAUGAUAGAGCGAAUGGAAGCUUGGUGUGAUGAAGAUUCAAUACCACAAAUUAUGCAAGAUACUGGUGUACUCAUUCAGUUCCCUGAUUUGGCGCCUGAUGCUAAAAAUGCCAAUGAUUAUGUAAAUAGAGUAACGUUAACAGGACCGUUGGCGAAUGUUGAACAAGCCAGGAUUCGAAUUAGAAAUUUUACACCUGUAGCAAUCAGUUUUCCUCUAAAGACAUUGAAACCUAAUAUAUUAAUGAAGGACGUAAAAAGUGUUAUUGAUAAAGCGAUUGCAGAAAAAUUAAUUAAUUUUCCUAACCUUGAAAUAAUGGUGCAGUCAUCACAGUUGUCAAAGGAUCCCGUUCCAUCGUGUGUUGUGCGUGGUGUACCAUCGCACGAAGGAGAUAUAUGUAAUGCCUGUACAGCUCUUCAUCGAUUGCUGCUUGAUACUACAAACGACAGCGAACAUGGUUCAGCAAAGAUAUUUUCAACAGUAAUGGAUAUACCAGCUGUGCAACAGCUAGCUGUUACGGGAGUACCAGACGGAUAUUUGAUACGAACGAUAAGUUUAGAAACAAAUGCUAUCAUUUAUUUUCCAACUGUGGCAGAUCGUCAUUUUGGAGCAACCGUAUUUUAUCUCUAUGGUUCUGUGCAUGCUAUUAUGAAAGCCAGGAAAUAUAUUCAGGGUCUUUUACCUGUACGUCUAAUUUUUGAUGUGGAAAAUAAUGACUUACUUUCUCCGGUUGAUGCAUCAAAUCGAGAGUUGUUCUUGCGUGAUGCAGAACGUGAUUUGACAGUUAUGGUGAGGAAAAGUCGCUUAGAGGGAGAGCAAUUAAUGACGGAUGAUACUUUACGAAAUAUCGUAACAAUUGAGUCUGAAGAACACAAUCUAACUAAUGUUUAUGCAAUGCGUCAUCAGCUUCUUCGGAAUAGUGCAUUGGAGAAUGAGCCAUUAGUCAUAACGAAAGAUUUCGACUUCUUUAAGAAUGAUUUUAAAGCACGAAUUGCUGAAAAUAAUAAAAUUAUUGCCGAGAAUUCAAGUGAUUCGCUGGCAAAGGCUUCAUCAUUACUUUAUUCCCAGUUGAAUCAAAAUAAACAGUCCAGCUCACUUCAAGCAGUAGCCGUUCUUUCACCACCUGCAAUAAAUGAUAUUGCUUCGUUGUUACCACCAAUGCAUAUUUGUCAAGAAAUAUUGCAGCCAUUGGCAAAUGAAAAUGCACCAAUCGCAUUAGCAGUUGGUGGCAGUGCUGCAAGACAGAGAAAGACGGAAGAAAGAGCGAUAACGUUUUCGGCUUCACCGUCAUCAAUUGUACCAAAAGGACGAAGUGCUUCAGGUGGGAUGAAUAUAUCUGUACCACAAUUUUUGGAUGUGUUUAGACAGAAUAAAAGUAAGAGUAUCGUAAUGAUUUCAAUUGACGAUUUUGAAAGACCAUUACCGGAUGUAUCUAUGCCACGAAAGAUGGAAUAUAUUCGAAAUAAUGAUAAGGCGUCUGCCAGUCAAAGUUCUAAUCAAUGUCCGGAAAAGUACGGUGCAGUUCCUAGCAAUGCUGAUUAUAAUUUAGCAGACAGCAGCACUACUUCGGGUAAUAAAACAGAAUCGGAGAAUUUGUACGAAAAGUCAUCAGUAUGUUUGCAGUCGUUUGUAUCUCAGUCACAGAGUUUGAUGAGUUCUGGAGCUAAUGUUGUCGAUGCAUUAAUCAGUGACCAAGGUUCUACAACAGUAGCAGUAGCCGCUGCCAUGCUUCAGAAUAGUCCGCCGCAGUGGUUUCAGUCAUCCGAUACAGUAGAAGCACUAAAAUCAGUUAAAUAUUUCAGGCAUAUUCCUCGAAUACAGGAGAAAAACACGAUCCCAGAAACAUUCGUAAAGGAAGCAGAUAUAGAGUACGCUCAAAUCUCAGUGAUGAGUUCUCCAGAAAAAACUUGGCAAACGAAGAAAAAUCUUCCAUUGAAGUCUUCAUUUAUGAAUAAGAAUUGUAUUCGUGAAUACGAUCGUGACAUGGGCGCCAGUACAACUAGUGACACAUCGCGAGAGUUAAUGGCAAAAGAAUCGGUAGAAACUUCAUGUGAUAUGCGCCUAUCAUCCUUAUCUGUUAAUCGCAAUGCCAACUCAUUAUAUUCAGUUUCAUGCGGCAACUUUGCACAAAAUUCUAAUAAGCAUCGAUUACAGUAUCAUAAUAAUGGUAAUACCGGUGAUGCAUAUAAUUAUCGAACAAAACGCCAACCAUUGAGAACACGUGAUACUACUGUUUGGGAAAAUUCGCAUUGUUCAUCAUCACAAUUUCAUCAUCAUUACACGCAUUCGAAUACACGUGAAAUUUUUCCAAGAAAGUACCAAGGACGAUCAACUUACAAUUCAUCGCGGUGGAAUUCCAAUGGUAUGGUACGUGGUGGCCGUACAGUGAGACGAUCGAUGAAUAAUUACUCCGGAGGUUAUAACUCAUCAUUAUCUUAUUCUCAGACAACCUGGACCUUUUCAUCAUCGAGUUACAAUGAAGGUAGAAGAUAUGAUAAUCGAGCAAUGACGUAUAUGCGUUUUAAAAGACAAUUUGUUAAUGGGGCGCAUUUGGAAGAAAGAGGGAAAUUUGAUCGACGAAGAGGACGAUAUGCUCCUUUCCAUGAAGAACAUCAGCAUAACUGUGUCUGUGAUCAAUUCCGAAAAGACUCUGAAAAAUUAAACAAUAACAUUAAUAACAAUGUUACAUCACCACCGAAGCUGUUGGUUAAAGCCAAAACUUACGCAGAUACAACGAAACGGGUUGAUAUUAUGGUACUGAUCGAUGAGGCACAAAGAAGUCAGAAUGAGCAAUCAUCACGAAGUGUACAGCACUUGAAUAGGCCACCAUUAAUGAUGAAGGAGUUGGAAAAAUAUACAGGAAAUGGUGAUAUCAGUUCGAAAUCACACACGGAUAUGACAAAAAAAGGCAGCACCGAGGAUGAGAAAAUUCAAAACAAAACGCUAAAUGUCGAAGUGAUGGUUAAACUGAAUUUCGAUGUCUAUUCGUCUGAUCCAUGA